UGAUACAAGAAGCCGUGUCGACUGUCGCGUUAUUUAUGAUGGUAUAAAACGCGAAUUAUAUUUUCAACUGUGUGCAAUAAAGCGAUAUUUAUUUCGCUUAUUUUAUGUUCGCAACUCCGAUGGUGCUGCUUAAACGUGUUGCAUGACCAUAUCGUUGUGAUAAAUGGGGAAAUUAGUGCAUUUGUGUGUGGUUGUGUUGUGAGUGCCAAUGGAUCGACGAUGUUCGCAAUCGGUCAGGACGCUUGUUUUCGACGAUUCAGACUCUGAUCCUCCUAAACAUGGUCAGAAAAAGGAGCUGUCCUCGACCGCGGUGCCCUCAUCGCUGAACCAGAGCGCAGAAGAUGCGGGCAAAACGGCGCGCACCAAUUUGGUGCGCAUGCGACGGUCCGCGCUCGGGAAGUCCGCGCCGACUCUAUCCGUCCACGUGAAAGAGUCAUGCACGGUGUCCCGGCGUCCGUCGCGUUUGCCGCCGCCGCCGCCGCACCACAGGCUCUCUCUUGUGGUCGGCUCAGGGCGCUGCAGCUCCCCAGGCACCGGGCCCCUCUCCCCGGCCGAGGGCCCGCGCUGGCCCCCGCACCCCCCGCACCCGCUGCACCACGCCCUGCUCUCGUCGAGCGUGAAGCGCGGCAAGGAGCUCGAUGGUCGCAGGUGGUCGGUGGCGUCGCUUCCGUCCUCGGGCUACGGGACCACUCCGGGCAGCUCCAGUUUAUCUUCACAAUGCUCAUCUCAAGAACGGCUUCUCGCGGUUGCUGUGUGCGAGCCGCCGCGAGCGCCCUGUCCACACUGCCAUCAACACCAAAAUUCACUCAACAGUUCGCAAGGCAGCGGUAUGAACAACUGGGCAUCAUUAUCAGACAGCGGUGGCGCAUACACGGGUGCGCGCGCGCCGUCCCCUCAGAGCCCAAAGCGUCGCGUAAGAAGCCGGAGUCUAAGUUCUCCAUCCCGCUCCCCCGGCGGCGCGGCGAGCGGGGGCGAGGGCGCAAAAGAUGACGCCGUCUCCGCCAUGUCGUCUCUAUUCGCAGCUCGCUUCCCCGCCGCACAACGGGCUAUGGACGACAAAUUAAGAUCACUGAUUGAAGAGUUGACAGAAUUAGAUAAGAAACCGGACCGGCCGCCGAUAGAGAGAUUCGUUGCAAGACAGGUAUUGGAGAUGGCUAGGGACUGCCUACACAAAUCGGAAUCGAAGCAGGUUACCAGCAGCUAUUUCUACGACAUGGCCGACAGUUUAGACAGAUUGCUCGCUGAGACUCGAGAAAAAUCAGCCGAAGCUGGCGCCCAAGUAGCACCUCUAGUCACUCGGCUCAUCUUAGCGAUGGCUCGCCCCGCCCGCCUCCUGGAGUGUCUCGAGUUCGAUCCCGAGCGGUUCUACAGGCUACUAGAGGCGGCAGAGGGACACGCUAAACACAUGCAGGGCAUGACGUCAGACAUCCCGAAGUACAUAAUCCAGAAGCUGGGUCUGUCCCGGGACCCGCUGGCCGAGCUGCACGCGCCGCCGCCGCCGCCGCAGCCGCCGCAGAACGCCUCGCCUUCCAAAUCGAGAGGUCGGCAAUCGCCACCUGGAGGUCCCGGGGGUGCUCCGCCCUCAGAGAACGACUACCAAGUGAUCAAACUCAUCUCCAACGGGGCUUACGGCGCUGUCUACCUCGUCAAACACAAGCAGACUCGAACGAGGUACGCGAUGAAGAAAAUUAGUAAAAACAACUUAAUACUUCGGAAUCAAGUCGAGCAGGCGUUCGCGGAGAGAGACAUCCUCAGUUUUGCCGACAACCCAUUUGUGGUAACGAUGUACUGCUCCUUCGAAACCAAACGCCACCUCUGUCUUAUCCUCGAGUUUGUCGAAGGCGGUGACUGCGCCACCCUACUCCGCGCCGGCCCUUUACCACCCGACAUGGCGAGACAUUACUUCGCUGAAGCUGUGCUUGCUGUAGAGUAUCUUCACUCUUAUGGUGUUGUACACAGAGACUUGAAGCCUGACAAUUUAUUGAUCACUGCCACCGGACACAUAAAGCUGACCGACUUUGGUCUUAGCAAGAUGGGUCUCAUGUCUUUGGCCACGAACCUGUAUGAAGAGUACGCAGACAGGGAAGCGCGUCAGUUUUCUGACAAGCAAGUUUGUGGGACCCCAGAGUAUAUCGCCCCUGAGGUCAUACUCAGACAGGGCUACGGUAAGCCAGUGGACUGGUGGUCAAUGGGCAUCAUUCUGUACGAGUUCUUAGUCGGUUGUGUGCCUUUCUUCGGAGACACGCCUGAAGAAUUGUUUGCUCACACUGUUAAUGAUGACAUCGAGUGGCCAUCAGAAGACGACUUCCCUAUAGCGGUGGAGGCGAGAGCUAUUAUCACUGAGUUACUCGCGCGGAACCCGAGGGACCGACUUGGAACCGGAGGGACACAUCAAGUCAAGGAACACGUGUACUUCUAUGGUCUGGACUGGAACAAUCUUCUGCGGCGGAAAGCAGAGUUUAUUCCUCAGCUGGAGAACGAUGAAGACACUAGCUAUUUUGACACCCGCCUCGACCGCUACAACCACAGCGAGGCGGACACGGACGAGGCAGCGGAAGUGACAGCGGAGGCGGGCGAGGAGGCGGGUCUGUUUGCCGCCUUUUCUUCAACCUCGCCGCAAUGGCGGCGCCACACUUCGGCAGUAUCACAUGAUUCUAGGAGCACGGACAGCUGGCCGGGCACUCCCGACAGCGCCGGGCCCCCGAGCACACCCACCGCCCCGCUGCAUCACCACCCGAGGUGUCCGAUGAUAAUCCCCGGCGGUUCAGCGUCGACGGCGGAGUCGUCGCAGACGGACUCGGACGACGUGUCGCCGGCCGCGCGGCGCCGCCCCGCGCUGCGCCCGCACCCCCACCCCCACCCCCACCCCCACACCCACACCCACACCCACACCCACACCCACACCCACACCCACCCCGCGCAGCCCUCCCGCGCAUCGGACGCACCUAAAAAAGAGACGAAGAGUGUGGACAAGCCUGAUCGGCCGGAAAAAACGAAACCGAUGGCGCUUGUCGCACCAAAGGCGAUGCGCCGCUCCGCGUCCACCUCCGGACUUUCACUGGUUAUACAUCCAGCGGAAGACACGGGCACCCACGGCGGCGCAGGCUCGCCCUGCGCGGGCAACACGUCAAGUACCAACUCCUCUCGAGACUCAUCACCGUGUCGAGAUCCGCCAUCCCCGUUCGCACAUCAUAAUCAUUCGCUGAUCCAAUCAUCCAAACCUCCCAUCGUGGUCCGCCGCGGCCCUCGCGGCUUCGGGUUCACGAUCCACACGGUGCGCGUGUACUACGGGGACACGGACUACUACACCAUGCACCACCUCGUGUCCGCCGUGAGCGAGCAGGGCGCCGCCUGGGCCGCGGGGCUCCGCGCCGGCGACCUCAUCACGCAGCUCAACGGCGAGUCCGUGCAGGGCCUGCUGCACACGCAGGUUCUCCGGUUGCUGCUGGCAGCGCCGCACGCCACGCUGCGCGCCACGCCGCUCGACCAGACCACCAUACAGGCGGGAGGGAGACGGCGAAUCGGUGGCGGGCGACGUGCGUCGGCGCCGCCGCGGCCGCGCCCGAGACGAAGAUGCUCGCUGUUCAGGAGGAUCUCUACUAAGAGGGCUUCGCAGGAAAUGCACCAGAUGGUGUCAGGGGUGGAGCUGGCGUCCCCGUCGGCGCCCUCGUCACCUUGCGGCGACAGUCCACUGCAUGCUGCCACUACCACCACGCACUACCAACGGCCGUCAUCGCUCCACGGUCUGAAGCACAAGCUGGUAGCGGGCGGGGCGGAGGUGCGCCGAGCGUCGCUACAGCAUAUGCCGCUGUCGCCUCUCGCUCGGACGCCGUCGCCGUCCCCGCAGCCGCCGCCGCAGUCACCCACCAGCCGCUGCGAGGCGCGCAGUCCGUCCCCGCUGGCCGCGCGCGAGUGCGGGCGCCGCGCGUGGGCCCGCCGCGACCCCGCCUCGCCUCUCCUGCGCCGCGCGCUCUCGCCUGACAGGCUGCACCCGCGCUCCGCCGAAUCCAAAUGCUCAAUAUCUCCGCUGUGCUGCGGCGGCGUGACCGCCGUGUCCGUGUCCGGGCCCUCGCGGCGCGGCGUGGUGUGGCGCGCGCCCGCCCCCGCCGCCGCGCCCCCCACGCCGCCCCCCUGCGACAAGGAGGAGCCGCCGCUGCCGAGGAUAGCGGAGGAGAAGGACUCGCCUACCCACCAUGCCAAGAUUGCGCCCAAUAGGACACCUGCCAAGCAGAUGACCCCGAGCAUUUUUACGUCCUCGCCGAAGACGAGCCUCGAGAAGACCUUCGACGCGUCCAACUCUUUCGCGUCUCUGUCUCUCUCCGACGAGUCCUUCGCGCCUGACACCUCUGUGGACUUGGAUACUUCGAGAGAUACAACUAUUGACAACCUUCGUCUCGACGAAAGUCGUUCCAGCACGGACAACAGCUCAAUACUCUCCGAGGACAAAGACAAAAAGAAGCCUGAAGACAAAAAGAAGACAUCUCCACAAGAAACACCUGAACAGCCUAAAGAUAAAGCCAGAAAGAAAUCCGACUCUAGCCUCAAAGAAGAAGAUAAACCAAAAGAGAAAAUCAAAAAGGAAAAGCCAGAGUUCAAAAAGCAAGAGUCUAUAAAGAAACUCGAAAUAAAAGAAGAAGCUCCAAAAGACGAUAAGAGAGAGAAAGCUAUGGAAAGAACGGGGUCAGUGAAGAGAGUGGAAAGCAAACAGGAAAAAGCGGAAGCAAAGAAACAGGAGAAGUUGGAGAGGCAGGAGAAGGCGGAGAUUAAGAAACUGGAGAAGAUUGAGAAAUUGGAGAAGAUUGAGAAGGCGGAGAGGCAGGAGAAGGAGAUUAAGAAACAAGAGAAGAUUGAGAAGAGAACGGAAGGGAAGAAGGAGGUGCUGAAGAGACAGGAGUCUGUGGACACGAUGAAGUGCCCAGAGCCGACGGAGACGGAAUGUCGCUCCAAGAACAGCAUGGUCAGCAAACUUCUCGGCGUCAUGGGCCGCAAGGGAGCGCGAGAUAGAGACGAAGAUGACCACAAGCCUAGCAGGAAGGCCGACAAGGCCAGCCGGAAAAAGGGCGGCAACACCCCUACCCAGCAGCACCCACCAAGUAAACUGAGCGAAGCAGGAGGCUCCGCCGAAAAAGUCACCGAAAACACCGAAGACACCAAGAAAAAGGGGCGAGGACGCGCUUCUAGCUCGUCCUCGCAGGAGAAGUAAGGUCGGAUAGUCUCAAGGACCUACUGGAUAUGUCGUGGUUAACACACAUUGACGCUUCUAUCAUACCAAGUAAUUUAGUUUAAACCAGCUUUGUCACUAGAAAAAGGAGGUAAUUUGAAAAAUGUUGGCGCAAAGGAUCGAUCUCCCAUACAAAUUUUUAAUUAUUAAUAAUUUUCCACUGACAAAGUUUGCUUGCCAGAGUAUAGUAAGAGCGUGACCUCUUAUACCUGUUACAUUCACGUUUACGAUCUGUAAACGUGAAUGAAAAUGAUUUAUACAUGUUGAUAAAGGCGUAGAAUGUAACUGAGUCUUGCGACUCGAUGUAAAAAUGCGCCUAUGUGUGGCGACCGCGAUUCUUGACAUACCCUUCUUUAUGCAGUCAGUAGGCCGAGCGAGUCAGUAGGGCGAGAUUGACGCGACAGUAUCUCGCCGCGAGAUAGGCUACCCGUCUUUUACUAACUGUAUGAAUUAAAGGGGGACGGGUAGUAUGUAUGUAGUAUGUCGCGGCGAGAUACUCUCGCGCCAAUUAAUCUGUUGUAAGGCCGGAUAUAGAGACAUAGCGCUCCUAGGCACUUGGUAUGGCACUUAGAAUUUAGGGGGCCCCCUUCUCCAUCUUAAAACCAUUGCUAGGUUGCCUGGGCCCCUAGGUCUGGGCUUUAUUGGACUAGGCGGAAAUCUGGCCCUGUCUGUGGUCACCUGACGCUUCAAACGAAUUUGAUUGAUUUAGUAUAGAACUGAGUGAUGUGAUUUAAUGCUAUUUUAAUUAGUGAAAGAACGUUAGACGUAAGGUACGAGAAAUACAUAAGUCUUUAUUGUAGAAUGUUUGCCGACAGAUGGCGUUAUUCGGUGUCGUGUUGACGUACAGUUAAAAAUAUAAAAAUGUAACAAAAAAAAAUCGCUGUAAGCUUCCUUUAGACUGUGUACAGCUUUAGUCAUUUUAAGAUGUAAAAUUUGUUCUCACGUUUUUAUUUGAGCCGCUUUUCCAGUAUUACAAAGUUGAGGCGUAAAAAAAAAUCUUUAUUAGUAUUUUUAUUGAAAAGGGCGAGUUUUAGAUAAAGUAGAGACGCUUUGCACGUAGAUUUUUGUACUUUGACCCGCCUGUUGCUGUCUCUAUCGCACGCGCAUAAUUAUAUUGCUGUCGCUCAUGAUGGUUGUCAAUGUCACUGUGCGAGUCUGACAGCUAUAUAAUUUUUACGCGUGCAAUAGAGAUAGCAACAAGCGGGUAAAUCUAUGUGGAAAGAGUUUCUUUAUUCGUGGGGACGGUGGUAUGAAGUUCAUUGUUCCUAGUAGAAUAAUUUAACCUAACAAAAUAUGAGCUAAAUUGAAUAUCAACCUUUAAUCGUGGACCAUAAGAGCUAAUUUCACUCGUCCAUGGCCCAUCCCUCAUUAACGAAAUCGUUUUUAAUCUCAUGUUAGCGUUUAGUUUUUGCAAGUAUGUUUUCUUAGAUUAGUGAAUAAUGUGAUAUAUUUUUAAAUCGCCCUAGAAUUUUGGAACUUGCAAUAUUAUUAGUUAAGCAUGUCGAUACUUUUCUUUGUAACUUGUUUUUGUUUUGACGUGUUUUUAGUUUUUCUUUUUAUUCUAUUGUUUUUGUCGUGUUUAUUGUUUUGGUCUUUUAUAAAAUCCGAUACAAAUUGCACACAGCGGCAAAAUUGUAUACCCACUUUAUAAUUGGAAUUCAUUCAUAAAGUGGGUAUGCACUUUUUCAGCUCUCUGUGGGUACAUAAGGUAACCUUUUUUUAUUUUAAUAAUUGCAACAAACAUCGAUAAAUAGUGCCAUAGAGUAGAACCUUCUUUUCACUAUUCUGUUGUCUUUGUUUUAAAGAUUUAUUACGUAUCCCUUAUUACCUUCAUUUCUAUAAAAUCUUUUAAAGGUUCCAUAAUCGUCUUCCGAAUAUAGGUACAGACACCUGCAAUAAUAUGUUACUCUUCGAAGGCCGCUAGCUCUACAAAUAAGAUCGUGUCAGAUAUUUUUGCUGCCUUCGUUGUGUAAUAUAUUAUUGCAGGUGACUGUAUAGUCUGCAUCUCUUCAAAUGAUUUCUACGCCCAAGACGGUAAUCUGUUAAACAAAGGCCAUUGUUCCUUUUCAUUGAGCGGUCGGCCAUUGUGUGUCUGACAAUGGCACGUGCCGUAGCACGCGCUCAGACUCAAUGGCACACAAUUACCGACCGCUCGCAUAAAAGGAACAAUGGCUUUCAUUUAACAGAUUACCGUCUUAGGCGUAAAAAUCAUUUGAGAAGAUGAACACUAAUACUUGUUAUAUCAUCGAUAAAAUCUGGUGUUUCUACUUUCGUCGCUCUAAGUGCGCAUAGGCAGUUUUAUUAUUUCUUAAUCGAAUCUUUCACUAUUUGAUGUGUGGAACAGAGACAGAAAAUUCUCAGCACAUUUAGAGAUAUAUUUGAUGAAUCACCUGUUACGAUCAAAAUACGAACGACUAAUUUAGUAAUAUAAAGCCGUUAUUCUAAAUAAUAAUAGUGACGUCUAAAUUAGUAUAGAAAUAUCACUAAUUCACCUUAACAUUCCAUUUAACAGAAACUAUUUUUAAUAAUUUUACUUUGUGUAAAAUUGUAUAGUUGAGCGUCAAGUUACUUGUGCAUUCUUGAUGGUAUGUAAGAAUGUACAAGUGAUAUUGUUCAUUUCAUCGAUAUAUUAUAAAUAUAAUAAUCUUAUAUAACUCAGUGUUCCAGUGUUGCAAACAUAGUUAAAGAUACAAUCGGUAGCUUUCACAGAUCAUAUACAAAUAAAAUAAAGCAACGAAACAAGACAUACCAUUUAAAUAAAUGGGGUAAAUCGUCAAAAAUUAAUAAAUUAAAAAAAAGGCAGUCGCUUCGUAAAAACUGACGCCUACCCCAAUUCUUGGGAUUAGUUGUCAAGCGGACCCCAGACUCCCAGCCGUGUCAAAAUGCCGGGACAACGCGAGGAAGAUGAUGAUUUCUGGUCACCUAAUUCUAUGUAUAAGCUGACGCUACUCAUUUCACAGUAAAAAAACUUAUGUUUUUUCAUUAGAUAAAUGGCAACAAUAUUACUUUUUUCAUGCUUAUUUUUAUAAAGUUACCCUAGUAAUUCCUGCCUGUUAUAAAAGAAGUCUGUCUUGUAUCGUUGGCUAUGCUUCCGCUUAUUUUCUUGUUCUAGGGCGUUUUCUAAAAUAAAUAUUGAAAACCUGAUUCUUUCAAAUCUGGACGUUCUUGGGCUCAUUUUACAUAAGAUCGACAGCAUUCUCCAUCCUGUAAUUAAAAAGAGAUCCCAAAAUGUCCGUUCCAUUACGUCACGUUUUUGUGUAAAAAAACUUUCACUUGUAUGUGCGUGACAUGAUGUACAAUUUUCAUACAAAUUUUUGGGUAAUUUUUUUUAGCAUCAGGAUUGAAUAUUGUAGUGAUUCUGAGUUGAAAGAACCCAAAAACACCAGGAUCUGUGAGAAUCAGGUUUUCAAUAUUUAUUUUAGAAAACGCCCAAAUAUUUGUUAAAAACUAGUUUAAAUAUAUCUUAAUCCUGUGUUGUAUUAAAUGAGGAUAACUGAAAUUCUAAACGUUAAUGAUUUUAAUGUAGAACACAAUAUGUUUGUAUAAUAAAUACUUUUACCAGCUUCAAUUUAUUUGAAAAAGGGGUAUUACUAUAGUUUUAGGAAUGUAGAACGUGUUUAAUACCCCUAUAAUAUGAAGCAUGCUCAUAAAAAAAGCUAUUUAUGUUUUCAUAAUUUAAAACAGUUUUUUUUUAAACUCAAAUGUAUUUAAAUUCGGCAUGUUAAUUUUUUUGACUGAUGACGCAAUGGAGCGUACGCAUGUCGUACAUUCUGUCAACGUAAAAAAGGUCUUAUAAACAACGGAAUAGGGUGCAAAAAGUAUACGUAUGUCGCUUAAGAAUGUCUGUGGCGCAGUUUGGAUAACCAAUUUGUCAGUAGAAAAGGCGCGAAAUUCAAAAUGGGUACGGAAGUUCGACGAUUCGCCACUACAUUCAAACUACCGCGUUAUUUACUGACUAAAUUGGCUUGCAACACUGUACGAACUCGCCCAUUUAUUAAAUAACUAAGGACUAUUUGAAUUUCGCUCAAGUAUAUUCGAUACCAUAACGCGGCGAUCCCUUGGUAUACAAGUUGGCUACGUCAAUUUUGUCUCAUUUAAAAAAGGCAAAAAACCGUUUAAUGCCAUUGGUGUACGUACUUUUUUUUAAUGGUUCGAUAUUUUAAAACUAGUCACCAUAAAACGCUUCAGUGUGGCUGGUAGUAUGAUUUAAUGUAGGAAUAAUUUCCUAGCAAUACUCAUUGAUUAAAUUGUUUUAAUGUUUUCGUGCAUGGUAGUACAGGGUACUUGUAUAUUUGCCCAAUUAUUGUUUUUGCUCGUUGAAAGACCAAUAAUAACAAUGAAUUUUAUGUAGAUUUAUUUGAGCAUAAUAAAUUGAUUUCGGGACCACGGCUUUAAAAAAAAGUUAUGUUGUAUAUCUUGUUGACACUAUGUUUCAGUGUUUACUUUAAUAAUUUGAGACCUUUUACUUGACUGUCAGUCUGAUACUCUAGUGGUGUAAUUAUAAAUAAAUUUUAUGCGCUGCCUCUUUCUUUGUAUACUUAUUUCGGUUGUUAUCAACUUUUAUAUUUGCAUACUAACUAUAAAUUAUAUUGUCCUAGCUGAUACAUUCAAAAUUAAUCGUCCACUUCACGAAAUUUUAACAUAAACCGACCUUGCCGCACAAACUUGGACUUAUUGCAAUCCUUAAUGUCUAAACAAUAUAUCUGUACAUUUAAAUGAUACUUCGCAAGUAGCAAAUUAAAUAAGAAAUAUAUUAUUUGCUAUUCCGUCAAGUGGACCGAAACUAGCGCAAUGACCCUAAGUGUUUUCUUUUCGCACUUGCAAAUUAUUGCAACCCUUAUUAUGGGCUAGCGGUUCAGUUUUUUUAAAUAGAUUUGUUCAAAAAUUGAGUUGAUGACUGAUCAAGUUAAGUCGGUGGCAGGCGAAAUAGGGUAUUUGACAUGCUAGUGUUUCAUAUAAAUUACAUAAUAGCAAAAUCGUUUUGACAGUUCGAAAAAAGAAACUGAUUUGACUAGUGGUCAAAUACCCUAUUAACUAAGGUGACUUACAGUAUCGUCUGCGGCCGGCCUUAAAAGGUUUAGUGUAGUAUUAUCUCACGUCUUUGAAAUUGGAUAAAAUCAGUAAAACUGACACUAUUAUCAAUAUUUGAAAUGUGAUCUUAGUGUAGAUAUACUGUCAGUUUUAUUGAUGUCAGUAUUGUAUUAAACUUGUGUAGAGUACUGCGAUUAUCUUGGCGUAAAAUGAAUGUGAUUUCUAUAAUAAGGUUUCUUAUAGGAAGCGAGUUAUUUUUCUCUAGACUAAUUGGUGUAUGAAUUGAUAUGGAAAUGAAAUAAAGUCAUGAAUUAAC